UAUUCUGGGGUUGGUUUCAGGAUGUGUUUGCAGUUAUGACUAUCAUAAUGAAUUGUUUUAUGAUUUAUUUAAUCAUUAAAAAAUCUCCAAAGGAAAUUGGACGAUAUCGGUAUUUAAUGUUGUACAUUUCGUUUUUCGAGAUUAUUUAUUGCAUUGCGGGAAAAGUUGUGAGACCUUUUGUCCAUUCUUAUGGAUCACGAGCUAUAAUAAUUGUGGAAGCAAAGGAUGCAUGGGUAAACCGUACUAUCAUGAAAGUGAUAAAUAGUGUUGUCAGCGGUUGUUAUGGAUGUUCUUCAUCUAUCCUCGCUAUUCAUUUUAUGUACCGAUAUGGAUCCUUGCAUGUUAAUCAUCGAAAUAUGUUCGAAGGUUGGAAGUUCGUUGCCUGGUGCUUUAUUCCCGCCAGCUACGGAGCAAUUUGGAGUCUCACAAUAUUUUUCAUUUUUCCCGAUGAUGAUGGAUUUACUGAACUGAUAAGGUCGGAUAUUUUGGAGACAUUUGACUGGAAAAUGGAGGAUAUUGUUUAUACUGGAUUUUAUUAUUUUCGAGAGGACAAAAACGGCCUUCACGGUUUUGAACCACUUCCUAUCGUUGGAAUGUGUAUUCUCUGGAGCAUGAUGACUUCCUCUUCAUUUGUUGUAUACUUUUUUGGUUAUCGAUGCUACAAACUUGUGUCUACAAUGACGAAAAAUUCGUUUUCAAGCCUUGCACAAGGACUACAGCAUCAAUUAUUCAAAGCUUUGGUGUGGCAGACAGUCAUUCCUAUUUUCAUGGUGUAUAUUCCUAGUUCUCUAAUUCUAAUUUGCCCACUUUUUAAUAUAAAUCUUGGCCGUAUCAGCGUCGUUAUCACUGUCACUAUGUCAAUUUUUACUGCACUCGAUCCACUUCCCAAUAUAUUUAUCAUUAAGAAUUACAAAAGAGCAACAUACCAAUUGCUUUGCAGUCCGGUAUGAUCCAAAACUCAAAUAAGCAUUCAAAGUUUGAUUUUUGAUUUGUUAUUUUUGCAUUAAUUUUACGCUGUAUUUUCUAAUGAUUGGAAGCUAUAUAUUAAAUUAAAUUUAACAUUU